AUGUAUGUGGCGUUGGAAUGGGUCCAAAAGAAUAUCGCGGCUUUUGGCGGUGAUCCUGAUGAUGUGACUAUCAUGGGGCUGUCCGCCGCGGCGCAUGGAAUCGGGCAUCUCAUCAUGGAUGUCAACCAGAAGAAAACCCUCUUCCACAAGGCCAUCAUGGACUCCGGAGGCCACACUGCUCGAGUUGUGCACCCGCCUGAGUCUAAGCUGAAUGAAGCUCAUUUCGAAGAGUUUCUUGGACUCACCGGCUGUGGUCACAGACCUGAGAACGAAAUACUGCCCUGUCUCCGAGCAUUACCAUCCUCCACCAUCAUUGAGUCUGGCCAGAAGAUCUAUGAGCAAUCUAACCCUUCUGUGCGAUGGGCUUGGCAACCCGUACUAGACGGAGACAUCAUCUCCAGACGACCCAUCGAUGCAUGGAAGUCGGGAAAAUGGAAUAAAGUCCCCAUCUUCACAGGAUCUGCUCAUAACGAAGGAGCAAUGUAUGUUCCCAAGACGGCCUCAACCCCUGAAGAUUUUGACACAUUCUUCCGCACGCUCUUGCCCCAACUUUCGGACAAGGAUGUAGCAGAUUUGAACAAGCUCUAUAAAGAUCCGUCUAAGGACCCGGACUCGGAAUACGUUGAGUCUCGACCUAUUGAUAUUGGAUCGCAGUUCAAGCGCGCUGAAGCUGCGUAUGGUCAUUAUGCGUACACAUGCCCCGUUCGUCAGACCGCGAUCUGGGGAAGCAAGUCACCAAGUGACCCUCCCGUGUACCUCUACCACUGGGCUUUGAAUAAGACGGCUCUUUACGGCGCCAAUCACGGCGACCAAAUGCGUUACCAGACUUACAAUGCCGAGGUCAGGUCCAUCUCACCAAAGCAAGAUGAGAUUGCCGGCUUCAUGCACGCAUACGCAACAUCCUUCAUUGUUCAUGGCGACCCGAACAAAAUCAAGGGCAAGUUUGAUGGUCGACCUAAGUGGCUACCCUUUUCAGGCCAGGAAGGCAGAGAGGUAGGAAAGACAAUGAUCUUCGGUGAGGGCAACGACGAGCGUGCUGGUGGAUCUGGACUGGGGACUUCGGCCGAGUUUCUGGACUACAAGUGGGCGGAGAAAGAGUGCAACUUUUGGUGGCAGCAGACGGAGAACUUCGAAGACUAG